AUGUCUCCCCCUGCUGCCAUCUCCCCUACUUCCCGCUCCGCUGAGCUUGCUACCUCUACUACCAAGCUCCCAGUCCAUGCGGUCAAGAACAUCAACACCAAGACCGUUGAGGAAAUGCUCGGUAACUGGGAUGACUUCAAGUUCGCCCCCAUCCGGGAGAGCCAGGUCUCCCGCGCCAUGACUCGUCGCUACUUCCAGGACCUGGACAACUACGCCGAGUCCGACAUUGUCAUCAUCGGCGCCGGAUCUUGUGGUCUGAGUGCCGCUUACAUCCUGGGCAAGAAGCGACCCGAUCUCAAGAUCGCCAUCAUCGAGGCUUCCGUGUCUCCUGGUGGUGGUGCUUGGCUCGGCGGACAACUCUUCUCUGCCAUGAUCAUGCGCAAGCCCGCUGAUGCUUUCCUCCGCGAAGUCGGUGUUCCUUACGAGGACGAGGGUAACUACGUGGUUGUCAAGCACGCUGCCCUCUUCACCUCCACCAUCAUGUCCAAGGUUCUUCAGAUGCCCAACAUCAAGCUCUUCAACGCCACUUGUGUUGAGGAUCUCAUCACUCGACCUUCUGACGAGGGCGUUCGCAUUGCUGGUGUUGUGACCAACUGGACUCUUGUCUCGAUGCACCACGAUGACCAGUCCUGCAUGGAUCCCAACACCAUCAACGCUCCCUUGAUCAUCUCCACCACUGGCCACGAUGGUCCCAUGGGCGCUUUCUGCGUCAAGCGUCUUGUCAGCAUGCAGCGCAUUGAGAAGCUUGGUGGUAUGCGUGGUCUUGACAUGAACCUGGCCGAGGAUGCCAUUGUCAAGGGCACUCGUGAGAUUGUCCCUGGUCUCAUCGUUGGUGGAAUGGAACUUUCUGAAGUUGACGGUGCUAACCGUAUGGGUCCUACCUUUGGUGCUAUGGCUCUGAGCGGCCUCAAGGCUGCUGAGGAAGCACUCAAGAUCUUUGACACUCGCAAGAAGCAGAAUGAGCAGUAG